AUAUAAAUAAGAACGGAAUUCAAAUCUCCAAAAUUAAGUAAACUAUAAUUGUAUAAAAUAAACGAACAAAUUAAAAUCUUUUGCAAUUAUAUUGUAUAGAUACUAAUUUCAAAUAAAAACUCUUUUUGUUUUACAUUAAUCGAUUCUUCGAUUCUUAUAUAUCGAUUCUUUUGAACAGCAGACCGGAUACCAGAUACCGGAUACCGGAUCCCCAAUGUUGGAGGUUACGUUUUCGGUGUUUAUAUGUCAAAUCAAAAUAUUGUUUAUUUUAUUAUAGCUGUGCCUAAUGGAGAAUCAAUAAAAGUACAACAUCUAAUAUGAAACUGUAUUGUUUAUCCAGCGAACCAACAAAGCCAUGUUUGGUUUUGAGUUUCAAGGGAAUUACUCUGAUGUUAGAUUGCGGUUUAAACAUGCAGUCUGUAUUACAUUUUAUGCCAAUGCCUUUGGUACCUAGUGCUAAAUUUAAUUCUUUGCCUUCGUGGUUUCCACGCGAUAAUCAUCAGGAUUGGCAAAUAGAAGGGGAAUUAAAGGAAUGUUGUGGCAGAGUAUUUGUUGAUUCUACUCCUGAAUUUUCUCCACCUCUGGAAAAAAUAAUAGAUUUUUCAGAAAUUGAUGCUAUUUUAAUAUCAAAUUAUACCUGUAUGCUGGCUCUACCGUUUAUAACGGAAGAUACUGGUUUCAAAGGCAUUAUUUAUGCUACGGAGCCAACAUUACAAAUUGGACGAUUUUUUAUGGAAGAAUUGGUAGAAUUUAUCGAACAAACACCUAGAGCAACAUUAGCUAAACACUGGAAGGAGAUGUUACAUGUUUUACCUCCGCCAUUAGCCGAUGCUCUUAAACCAAAAUCUUGGAAACAUAUAUAUUCAUUGUCAGCAGUUAAUACUGCUUUGUCGUAUAUUCAAACAGUUGGAUACGAUCAGAAAUUGGAUAUAUAUGGCGCAUUAACAGUUACUCCUAUCAGUUCUGGGUAUUGUUUGGGUAGUAGUAAUUGGUUGAUUUCGUGUGACCAUGAGAAAGUUGCAUUUGUUAGUGGAUCUUCGACAUUGACAACUCAUCCACGGCCAAUGGAACAAGCCACGUUGAAACAUGCCAAUAUGUUAAUAUUAACAGGUUUAACGCAAACUCCUACCGCUAAUCCAGACACUAUGCUUGGGGAGCUUUGUAUGACCGUCGCAAUGACACUCAGAUCUGGCGGAUGUGUUCUAAUACCAUGUUAUCCAUCCGGCGUUGUGUAUGAUUUAUUUGAAUGUCUUAGCACCCAUUUGGAUAAGUCAGGUUUUUCACAAGUUCCUUUGUUCUUUAUAUCACCAGUUGCUGAAACUUCUUUAGCAUACUCGAACAUUUUAGCCGAAUGGCUAUCGACAAAUAAACAAAAUAAGGUUUAUCUUCCCGAGGAACCAUUUCCUCAUGCUUUCCUUGUUAAAAAUGCUAGAUUAAAACAUUUUACAUCCACAUACGCUGAAGGUUUUAGUUCCGAUUACAGACAACCUUGCGUUGUGUUUUGUGGUCAUCCCAGUCUUAGAUUUGGCGACGCAGUUCAUUUCGUUCAGAUGUGGGGUAAUAAUCCACAACAUACUAUAAUUUUUACAGAACCAGAUUUUCCAUAUUUGGAUGCUUUAGCGCCAUUCCAGCCAUUGGCUAUGAAAGCGGUACAUUGUCCAAUUGAUACGUCUCUUAAUUUUACUCAAGCCAAUAAAUUAAUUAGAGAUUUAAAACCAGAACAUUUAGUUAUACCUGAAUGCUAUACGCAACCACCAAUAACUGCACCACAUAGGACAGAUCUUGUGAUAGAUCCUGAAAAACCUUUAAUUACUUUUAAACGGGGCGAAGUUAUCAAAUUACCUUUAAAAAGGAAAAAGGGACGCGUAUUUAUUGAACCAGAACUAGCUGGAAAUAUAAUUCCAAAUGAAAUUCGACCUGGCUUGAGUCUCGCUUCCGUUACCGGUGAAUUAGAAGUUAAGGAUAACGUAUACACAAUAAAGAGUAUCGAAGAUAGAUCUAGCGUAAAACGUAAAACUUCUUCUGGUUCACCUGCACCGAUCAAGGAAGAAGUUCUUAGAGAAAGGAAACACGAAUAUGGUACUUUAGAUCCACAAGAGUUGCUUCAAAAGCUUAAUCAAGAAGGCAUUCAAGGGGCCAAGUUACAGCACAGUCCAACUUCUACCAGUAUUCACUUGCAAGACGAAGAUACUUUAAUUCAAAUAGGAGACAAUUCGACACAUAUUUUUUGUAAUGGUGAUCAAAAGAUUAGACGACGAUUGAGGACUAUCAUAAUGCAGUGCCUCAAGAGAUUUUAAUGUAACAAGUUAAUAAUAUUAAAAUACAAUGACCAUUUUAUUAUAAUUUAUUUUUCUACAUUAUUGGAAUUUUUCUUCAUUCGUUACAGACAAUAAAUGAAUGUUAAUUCUACGUAUUUUUUUAUAACAAUGAGCAACAUUUGCUUCUGGAAUUAUAUAUAGCUUUGUGCUAUACAAAUACAGAUGUUGCAUUAUACAUAAUAUCUUCAAGUGCGCACGAUAAAGGCGGCAGUAUUACAAGUGUCAUUUCAU